UCAGCAUCCUUCGUUUUGCUGCUUCACCGCAUUAGCGGCCAUCGGCUAAACUGGGACGAAACUCCAUCCCUAACCUGACCACUUGGCUGUCGGCUUUGUAGGGAUAUAUGAAAAAUGCCCAGUGUCACGGUGAAAGAUGUCAACCAGCAGGAGUUUGUCAGGGCUCUGUCAGCUUUCCUCAAAAAGUCUGGCAAACUGAAGGUCCCAGAGUGGGUUGACACUGUGAAGCUUGCCAGGCACAAGGAGCUGGCUCCCUCCGAUGACAACUGGUUUUACACCAGAGCAGCAUCCACAGCCCGUCACCUGUACCUUAGAGGAGGGGUGGGCGUGGGCUCCAUGAUCAAGAUCUACGGAGGGCGUCAGAGGAAUGGUGUAUGCCCCGCCCACUUCAGCGUGGGCUCCAGGAAUGUGGCGAGGAAGGUCCUACAGGCUCUGGAGGGCCUCAAGAUGGUGGAGAAGGACCCCAGUGGGUUGCCUCGGCAAGCAAGAAACAGCGAAGUUUGCAAAGCGCCAUGUGAGGAACGCACGCAAAGAAGCCCGACGACUGAAACGCAGUUGUGCCUCGCGGCGUAUGUGCUCGAGUUCGCUCGUUUCCCUUAUCACUCCGGUGCCCACGUUAACCGAGUACAAAGGGCGUUUCAUAGAGAUGCAUGUGUCUAUAGUACAGUAAGUACGAUCCAAAUAUUAUCCAUGAAUGUUUGGCAACAGUUGUAGUUUUUUUUUUUUUUUUUAAAUUCAUUAUGAAUUU